CAGGAGUUACUGACCCUCUCAGGAGUCUGAGUGCUCAUUCUGCCUGCCAUGAGGACUCUCUGCUCUCUGCUGCUGAUAUGCUGCCUCCUUUUCUCCUAUGACACUCCAGUUGUUGGAGAACUAAAACAUCUUGGAUUAAAAACAGAGUUUGAGCAGUGCCAGAGAAUCAGAGGGUACUGUCUCAAUACCUAUUGUCGUUUUCCUACCUCCCAUGUGGGUAGCUGUUACCCGGAGAAGCGCUACUGUUGCAAGAACAUACGAUGAUUGAAAGGAAGCACAUAGGAGUCAAGUGACAUAUGUGUAACUGAUGUUUUAAUAAAGGAAACAUUUUUAAGCUUACCUA